AUGGUGUCCACACGAAGAUCUCAAACUGAAAACAAGGACUACAAGAUCGGCGACAAAGUGGAAGUUCUUCAUAACAGCUGCCUGGCCACGGGCAUCUUGUUGGGUCCAGUCGAGACGGAAGAGGACGACAACAAGGGACGUGACUCUCCCGCAUCCGGUUCUUACACCACGCAUUGGCUUGCCAGUAUCGACGGCGAGUCUGAGGAAGUGGAAGUCUCCGAGCGCUACCUUGGCCGUGUCCUCAGCAGCCGUUGUAGCCGUCGCUCGGCCACCGCUCGCAAGCCGCAGGCAACAACCAGUAAACCCAAGUCGGCUCCUCCCAGCAGCAGCAACAACAAGGCCACUGCCAAACCAGCACCCACUGCCAAGUCGGUUCCCCCCAGCAAGGCCGCCGGGGCCAAGAAGCCAGCAGCUGUGUCCAAGCCAAGGGGAACCAAGCGCCAACGUGGGGAGGUGGAUGAUCUUGUGCAGGGAGAUGUCGCCGUCAUUGCGAAGAAGCAAAAAGCAACGGCUCCCAAAAUCACUACCGGAGAAUCCGUCAGAGUGUUCCAGAUGAAGACUGGAAAGCUCUAUCUUUACCGAGGCCUCAAGCCUCGUGCUGAAUUCGUCUGGCAGGUGUAG